AUGGCUCUCUGCGGACGUCUGGCGCGUCGCGUACCUACCACGACAAGCCAGUUUCGCAGCAUCGCUCCUUCCGUGUCUGCACGAAACUUCACAAGCCGCACAGCCCGUCCUCUGACCUCCCUCCGCGCGAAGGGUGAGUCAACUGCGGUUCACCGCCAGCUGCGCGCGUUCACAAAGAUCUCGGCCACAUUCAACCAGACACAAGAAGCACCAAAUGCGCAGGCCUACCUCAACAGCGGCGUCAUUGCCGGUGCCCGCAAUUUGGUCGACGUGAAGAAGGUCCUAGUCAUUGGCAGUGGAGGUCUCAGCAUUGGACAAGCCGGAGAAUUCGACUACUCAGGAUCCCAGGCACUGAAGGCCCUCAAGGAGGCUGGCGUAAAGUCAGUCCUUAUCAACCCUAACAUUGCGACCAUUCAGACGUCGCACGUGCUCGCCGAUGAAAUCUACUACCUGCCUGUAACCCCCGAAUACGUCGAAUAUGUUAUCCAGAAGGAGAAGCCUGAUGGCAUUUUCUUGUCCUUUGGUGGUCAGACCGCGCUCAACUUGGGCGUUCAAAUGAACAGGAAGGGUCUUUUCGAGAAGUACGGUGUUAAGGUUCUUGGAACAAGCGUCAAGACACUCGAGACCUCUGAGGAUCGUGACCUGUUCGCCAGAGCUCUUGACGAGAUUGACAUCCCCAUCGCCAAGUCGAUUGCCGUUAACACCGUCGACGAGGCUCUUGACGCCGCCGAGAAGGUCGGAUACCCUAUUAUCGUCCGUGCUGCGUACGCGCUCGGAGGUCUUGGAUCUGGUUUCGCAAACAACCCUGAUGAGCUCAGGGACUUGUCUGCUCGUUCGCUCACCCUUUCCCCCCAGAUUCUGGUUGAGAAAUCCCUGAAGGGUUGGAAGGAGGCCGAGUACGAGGUUGUUCGUGAUGCGGCUGACAACUGCAUCACAGUCUGCAACAUGGAGAACUUUGAUCCUCUCGGUGUCCACACCGGUGACAGUAUCGUUGUCUCGCCCAGUCAGACAUUCAGCGAUGAGGAGUACCAUAUGCUCCGUUCCGCGUCGAUCAAAAUUGUUCGUCACUUGGGUGUUGUCGGAGAAUGCAACGUCCAGUACUGUCUCCAGCCCGAUGGUCUCGACUACAGGGUCAUCGAGGUCAACGCCCGUCUGUCUCGUUCGUCUGCUCUGGCCUCGAAGGCUACCGGUUACCCCCUAGCCUAUACUGCCGCGAAGAUUGGUCUUGGACACACUCUGCCCGAGCUGCCCAACGCCGUUACCAAGACCACCACCGCUAACUUCGAACCCUCUCUCGACUACGUCGUCACAAAGAUGCCCCGUUGGGAUCUGAGCAAGUUUCAGAACGUCAAGCGCGACAUCGGCAGUUCCAUGAAGUCUGUUGGUGAGGUCAUGGCCAUCGGUCGUACCUUCGAGGAGUCCUUCCAGAAGGCCUGCCGACAGGUCGACCCCAAGUUCCUCGGUUUCCAGGCCGAGAAGUACGGCGAGGACCUUGACUACGAGCUCGCCAACCCUACAGAUCGACGCUGGCUCGCUGUCGGCCAGGCUAUGUAUCACGAGGGUUAUACUGUUGACAGGGUGCACGAGCUCACCAAGAUUGACAAAUGGUUCUUGUACAAGCUUCAGAACAUUGUCGACUGUACAAAAGAGCUUGAGGAGAUUGGCAGCCUAUUCGGCCUCAAGAAGGAGAUCAUCCUCAAGGCCAAGAAGCUCGGUUUCUCAGACAAGCAGAUUGCGAAGGCUGUCAACAGUUCUGAGGACGAGGUCCGCGCUCGCAGGAAGGGCUUCGGCAUCAGGCCAUGGGUCAAGAAGAUCGACACACUUGCCGCAGAGUUCCCGGCUGACACGAACUACCUGUACACUACCUACAACGCUUCUUCCCACGACGUUUCCUUCGAUGACCAUGGUGUUCUCGUCCUCGGUAGCGGUGUCUACCGUAUUGGUAGCUCAGUCGAGUUCGAUUGGUGUGCUGUCAACGCUACCAUGUCGCUGAACAAGCUUGGGAAGAAGACUUCUACCGAUUUCGACGUUGCUGACAGGCUGUACUUCGAAGAGCUCAGCUACGAGCGUGUCAUGGAUAUCUACGAACUGGAGACUGCCCAGGGUGUCGUCGUCUCCGUCGGUGGCCAGCUUCCUCAGAACAUUGCCUUGAAGCUGCAGGAGUCCGGCAAGGCUAAGGUUCUUGGAACCGACCCCCACGACAUUGACAAAGCCGAGGACCGUCACAAGUUCUCUUCCAUUCUCGACUCCAUCGGUGUCGACCAGCCCGCAUGGAAGGAGCUGACAUCGUAUGAGGAAGCGAAGAAGUUCGCUGACAACGUCGAAUACCCCGUCCUCGUUCGCCCAUCCUACGUCCUCUCUGGCGCUGCUAUGACCGUCAUUCGCAGCGAGAACGAGCUAGAGGAGAAGCUGCUCGCCGCCUCUUCCGUCUCCCCCGACCACCCAGUCGUCAUCACCAAGUUCAUCGACGGCGCUCAGGAGAUUGACUGCGACGCUGUCGCCUCCAAUGGAAAGGUCCUCGUACACGCCGUCAGUGAGCACAUUGAGAACGCUGGUGUUCACUCUGGUGACGCUACCCUUGUCCUGCCUCCCGUCAACCUCGACGCCAGGAUCCAGGAGCGUGUCAAGGAGAUCGCCGACAAGGUCGCCAAGGCAUGGAACAUCACCGGUCCCUUCAACAUGCAGAUCAUCAAGGAGGAGGUCGAGGGUGCUGAGCCCAAGCUCAAGGUCAUCGAGUGCAACCUUCGUGCAUCCCGUUCAUUCCCCUUCGUCAGCAAGGUCCUCGGUACCAACUUCAUCGAUGUUGCCACCAGGGCUCUUGUCGGCCGCGAGGUUCCUGAGCCCACUGACCUCAUGAAGGUCGACCGCGACUACGUCGCCACCAAGGUUCCCCAGUUCUCCUGGACUAGAUUGGCUGGUGCCGAUCCUUACCUCGGCGUCGAGAUGUCUUCCACUGGUGAGAUGGCUUGCUUCGGUAAAGAUCUCAUUGAGGCCUACUGGGCAUCUGCUCAGUCGCAGAUGAACUUCCGUCUGCCCCAGCCUGGAGAGGCUCUCCUCUUCGGCGGCGAUGUCACUGCCGGAUCUCUCCACUCCAACUCCCUGAUCCAGAUUGCCAAGUACAUCCAGACCCUUGGCUACAAAUUCCUUGCCGCCAACGAGAAUGUCAAGGCUCUGCUCGAGAAGCACGUCGAAGGCGUCAAGGUUGAGGUCAUCGCUUUCCCCAAGGAGGACAAGCGCGCUCUCCGUGAAGUCUUCGAGAAGAACGACAUCCGUGGUUGCUUCAACUUGGCCAAGUUCAGGGCAAACGGCCUGCUUGACGAGGACUACGUCAUGCGCAGGAACGCGGUCGAUUUCGGCGUUCCUCUCUUUAUGGAACCCAAGACUGCUGUCCUCUUCGCUCAGUGUAUGAGCGAGAAGCUGCCCAAGAAGGAGGGCAUUCCCAGCGAAGUUCGCACAUGGAGCGAGUUCGUCGGUGGCCGUCCAUUGUAA